AAGGAGGAACUUCCGUCUCGUUCCUUUUUGCUUUCUCUCGUUCUCUCUCCUCGGCUCGCCGGCCGUUGAUUGCAGCAACAAGGAACCAAGAUGGCGACGGCGGGCGGAGAUUGCGACGUGAUUAUGGCGCCCGCGGCACCCCCAACGGUGGCUUCACAUUCCUCGAUGCCGCUGAUGUUGAGCGAGGAGGACGAGGGGACGCGCAGAGAAGCAGAGUCCUUCAAGGAACAGGGAAAUGCAUUUUAUGCCAAAAAGGACUACAAUGAAGCAUACAACUACUAUACAAAAGCAAUAGAUACAUGUCCCAGCAAUGCCAGUUAUUAUGGAAACCGUGCUGCCACUCUCAUGAUGUUAGGCAAAUUUCGGGAGGCCCUGGGGGAUGCUCAGCAAUCAGUCAGAAUGGACGAUAGCUUUCUGAGGGGACAUCUAAGAGAGGGAAAGUGCCACCUAUCUCUGGGGAAUGCCAUGGCUGCCAGUCGCUGCUUCCAACGAGUUAUAGAAUUGGAUCAUGAAAAUCCACAAGCAGAGCAAGAGCUGAAGAGUGCCAAAGCUGUUCUAGACUAUGAGAAAAUUGCUGAAGUUGACUUUGAAAAACGGGACUUCCGAAAGGUUGUCUUUUGUAUGGAUCGUGCUCUAGAAUUUGCCCCUGCCUGUCACCGGUUCAAAAUCCUCAAAGCAGAAUGUUUAGCUUUGCUAGGUCGCUAUUCUGAAGCCCAGUCUGUUAUAAGUGACAUCUUGCGAAUAGAUUCAACAAAUGCUGAUGCUCUCUAUGUCCGAGGACUUUGCCUUUACUAUGAGGACUGCAUCGAGAAGGCUGUACAGUUUUUCGUCCAGGCAUUAAAAAUGGCUCCUGACCACGAUAAAGCCUGCCUUGCCUGCCGUAAUGCCAAAGCACUGAAAGCAAAGAAAGAUGAAGGUAACAAGGCUUUCAAGGAAGGGAAUUAUAAGCUGGCCUUCACACUUUAUACAGAGGCUCUAGCAAUAGAUCCAAACAACAGGAAAACCAAUGCCAAACUCUACUGCAAUCGUGGAACUGUUAAUUCUAAACUUGGAAAACUAUGUGAAGCAAUAGGAGACUGUACAAGUGCUAUCAAAUUGGACGACACAUACAUCAAGGCCUAUCUAAGAAGAGCACAGUGUUACAUGGACACAGAGCAGUAUGAAGAUGCUGUGAGAGAUUAUGAAAAAGUUUACCAGACAGAGAAAACUAAAGAACACAAACAGCUACUCAAGAACUCACAGGUGGAAUUGAAAAAGAGUAAAAGGAAAGAUUAUUACAAGAUCCUGGGUGUGGAUAAGAAUGCCUCUGAAGAUGAAAUAAAAAAGGCAUACCGGAAACGGGCCCUAAUGCAUCACCCAGAUCGGCAUAGUGGAGCAAGUGCUGAAAUCCAAAAAGAGGAAGAAAAGAAAUUCAAAGAAGUUGGUGAAGCCUUUACCAUUCUCUCUGAUCCAAAGAAAAAGGCCCGCUAUGACAGUGGCCAGGAUCUAGAGGAAGAUGGCAUGAAUAUGGGAGAUUUUGAUGCUAAUAAUAUCUUCAAAGCUUUCUUUGGAACACCUGGAAGUUUUAGUUUUGAAGCUUCUGGACCUGGGAAUUUCUUUUUCCAGUUUGGCUAAACUACGGAACAGGUCCAUGUCAUCUACUGAAAUCCACAGUUUCCCUGACCUGCUUCUUUUAAUUUCAAGUUUCAUCUUCCCUUCAUUGCAUCUCAGCAUUUCUUAGGGCUGUGGCAUUUUUUCUGUUGGAAACAUCAUUUUGUGCUUUAGAGUGUGAUGAGAAAACCAGCAUUUGAAGGGAAGCUUGUUAAUUUUAUAUGAAAGCGAGAGAAAGGGAGAAAAAUCUGUGGAUUUCUCCAUUAAGUAAUUUUAGAUUCCUAAGCUGCUGGGACUUCAUUCAGGGAAUCCUUACAUUUUGAAAACUGGAUAUGCCAUGCCUUUAUUGGGUUCACAAUGUGGGGAAAGUGAAAUGAGGUUUUUUUUACUUUGGUUGUAUUGUACUGACUGUAGCCAUAUUGAAACCUUAUUUCCAGAAACAUUUCAGACACUUGAGAAAUACAAAGAAGUUUUACUGAAUUAUUCCCUGAGUCAUUUUUGGAAUAAGAGUUGCCUCUUCUCAGCACUUUCUCUUAAUAUUCCCAGAGUCUCUUUCUUUGAGGAACACUUUAUGUUUCCAAUUGCUUGAGUACUUCAGGAAAAUGGUAAGGGCUGAUUUCUUACAUGGACAUCCCAUUUUGAUGGUGGCUUCCAGAUCAACAUAUACACUUGAUUUCAUUGAAAACUCAUAAACUCUGAGGUGAUUGUCAGGUGUUAUGAAGGGUAUAUGCGUUUGUGUGUAUGUGUGUGUGUGUGUUGUUAGAUCUACAGUGCAUAUUUCAAAUUUCCACCUCAACAUGUGAUGUCAUGGUUCUUGCAUGUACAAGUCCACUCUUAAGUGUUGGAAUCUCUUAAAAUUAAUUGAAAUCUCAAAAAGCAUUUUUGAUGUUGAGAAGAUUUUUCAGAAUUUAACAAUGUGUUGAAAGUUUAAAAGAAGAAAUUCAGCAUUAUUUCAGGGGAAAGAACCCUUAUUAGUAACCAGCCACAUUGAAGUUCAUGUUAUUUUUUAAAGUUUUGCUCAAUAUUAGCCCCAUAUUGACAGUUAGUAAUCUAUAAUAUCAUUUCUGCUAUGGACAAUUAGCUCAUUCCUUUUUCCACAAUAGUAAAAAUCAUCAGUAGACUAUCAUCUCUAACAAUUUUCCUGUUGAACCACUUUAUAUACUAGGUGCAGUUUUCACCAUUUUAUGGUGAAAAUUCUCCUUAUAGACUCCCUUAGUUUUCCUCAAUUCAGACCACACUCUCUGGGAGAUAAGGGAAGCUGAAAUCUCAGUACAUCUAGGGAAAUCAAAUUGGGGAAGAUUAGCCUGGAAGAUCAAUAUUCCAAUGAAUGAAAUUGUUCAACAUAAGAAAGGCGUGGCAUUUGCAUUACAAAUAGGUUUUAGCAACUUUUCUAUUUAUGAGACCAGGGGAAAAGUUAACAAAGAACCUCAAAAAAUGUAAUCAUUUUAAAACUAUUCUUGUGCUGGACUUCUGUUCAAUGAAAUGUUAAGAUAUUGAUCCAAUAUGAAACAUUGUUUCAAAAGAGGCCCAGAUUAUGUCCUAGGAAUAAUCCUCUAUUUUUCAAGAUACUCAGUUAAUGGGUUCUGAUAAACUUUAGACUAGCAGUAAGUUAGACUUUGUCUGCAUCAUUUUCUUUUAUAGUUCCCAAAUUGAGGUACUCAAAAAAUGGUUAAAGAAAUUCAGUCUAUUGCGUGAUGUCCAGGGAUUAAAUGAGAAACUAAAGCAGGAAGAGAAUAAACUCAAGAGUUUGCCUCAGCCAAGAUUGCAUGCCUAUUCUUGGCCAACAAAUAGUAAAUAUUGAAUAGUUCAGGAUUUUAUUGCACAGUCAAUUUCUAUUGGUAGAAUUUAUUGUAUUUGGUUGAAGGCAUAUAUUUAAAAGAGUUAUUUGGUGGAAUUGUGUUGUGUCCAUUCUCUAUUAAAGGUAAUGACAAACAGGGUAAUUCAGAAACUGGCACAAAAAGCUAUGAAAUCAACCAUCUCCCUCUUCAUCACUUUAGGUUGAAAGAAGUUAAAACAACAGCAUGUUAUCUUCAGAGACUGAGGUGUCAAGAAUCAAUCCUGGCAUCCUGUGAAUUUUCUACUUUUAAGAUAUUCUGGCUCUUUGCAAUAAUUUAAUUUUGAAACUUCACAGAGGAUUAUAAGAAUAUUAAGAGUUUCAGUGGAUGGCAGCCAGGUUUUCUGAUCAUCUCUACACAGCUGGGAGUAGUAGUAAGAUUUUUUUUUAUCAGUUCCAAAAGUCAAUGAUAAAAGGUUCCUGGACCUUAAAACUGAUUGCAACCUAAAAAGUGAUGAAUGCUGUAUUACUUUGCCUUUCUACCUUUUUUAUUAUCUACCAUUCUUCUCAUUGCAGUCAUUUUUUUUUAUCAGUUCCAAAAGUCAAUGAUAAAAGGUUCCUGGACCUUAAAACUGACUGCAACCUAAAAAGUGAUGAAUGCUGUAUUACUUUGCCUUUCUACCUUUUUUAUUAUCUACCAUUCUUCUCAUUGCAGUCAUUAAAGUUGUUCUGAUACGCUUGCAUUAUAUAUUAGGCCAUGUAUAACAUGUUUUUGAAAUUCUCCACCCUAGUAACAAUCAUUUUAUAAUUUGAAUUUGUUUCUUAACUCUCAAUAUUUUUUUAAAUUAGCCAAGCUAUCUUUAAGAGGUACCAAAAACUAUGUGUGACGGAUAAGCAAAGAAUUAAUUAAUUAUCUGUCUGAGGCUUGGAGUGUACCUGUAAAGAUAUACAUUGUCAGAAUGUUGCAGUGAUCAUAACAAGGUGAAAUGAGACAUUAACCUUUUUGGUAUUAUCCUUAUGGAAACUCCCUGAGAAUAAAGAAUUCUUAUAGAGAGGGUCUCAAACAUUCUUUUUACUGCUAGUUAGCUUGCCAUAGAGGAAGGCAUAUAUUGCUGGCAAUCUUAAAUAAUAUCACUUAACCACUUAAAAGUACCACUUUCUCCCAUCAUAUGUGUACACAAAAUCUCUAAGCAGAGAACUAAGAGCCAAGACUUUUCUCAUGAAGUGAUGCAUGAGACAAUUUCUUUGGUGAUGUAGAUCAAAAAGCAGCAUAUUUUAGGGAAACUUGCCAUUUUUGCCUAUUUUCCUGUACACUUGAACAAGUGUUCUUGCAUGCAGUGUCCUCUUUGCUGUACAGUUACAUUUGCAAGGAAUGCCUGAGCAGAGGACAGGUAGACCAGACAGGUAAACUUCAGGUUCAAGCCACCUAAAGAAAGGCUGUUUGGCAAGGAAUUGAUAGCAUACCAUUUUAGACUUCUUAAUAAUACAUCUGUUGCAUGUUCUGUUUUUAAAACAGCAUCCUGUUCCCUUUACUCUCUCCUGUGGAUAGUUUCAGACACAUGGAUAGCCAUAGUGCCCCACUUCAAUCUUUUCACUUACAGUAUCUAAGGUGAAGAUUAUUUAAACAAAAAGUGGUGACUGUUCAUUAAGCAGGAUUCAUAAUGUGUUUAUAUGCAGAAUUUUGAACCAGACUGAAGCACACCCAAUUGCUAUUAACUUUAUUAUAAAAUGUAUAUGAUGUACAAAAAAUAAACACUCCAGAUCUCACUGGUGACUUAUGCUUCUUUGAAUUGAGUAGACACUGCUGAGACUGUGAGUGUGGAGGCAUGAUGCUAGAUUGAAUAAUUGGAAGGGGAGAAAUCCAAAAAUCUGUGGCAGUCGGUGUUAAAUUGUAGCUUGUUUGUUUUUUGAUAACAAGAGAACUAGACAGGAAGACUACCAAUGUUAAAACUGGGAAGAGAACCACAGAUUUCGAUCAUGUACUAGGACUGUUCAAUUUCUGUUUUUUUUUUUAAGUGCUUCACAAAGCACAGAUCUGUAUUUGAAUAUUUAUCUUGGAAUCCUUAAAGGAGCCAUGCAUUUUUCUUGCCUCCUAUAGCUGCUUUAGAAGUGCUCUGGCUCUUUUCCUGUGCAUGGCUGUUUCGCUUUGGGGUCACCUGGAGACUCAUGGAGCACUUCCAGAGCAGCAUCCAUGAGCAUCUUUCAUAAGACGAAAUGACUGGUGGUAAACUACAGUUAACAUCUGUACCCAAUUUCAGUCCUUAACCUAUAGACCUAUGAAAAAGCCCAAUCUCUUUUCUGCAUAUAAUCUGAAACUUCAGAUUAGCAAAGGCUUGAGUAAAGAGUUCCAUAUCAAUCAGUCUAAUGUAAAUAUCAACACAAAUGUUUUCUGCAUGUUAAUAAAUUUAUUUCAGUGUAUUUUACAGUCACUAUGAAUCUUAAGUAUUUUGUAAAGCAGAACAAGAAUUAUUGUUUCAAGUUACAUCAAUCAAAACCAUUGAAAUGUGCUUCUUUCUUACAGGUUUUUUUAAAAAGCUUUGACCAUAUUUGAGUUGUAUUAACAGUAAUUUGAUGUUUAAACAACAAAUAUUUAAGAAAUGACACAAAUAUUUUGCAAAUGCAAGUUAUAUUGUUUCCUGAGCAAUAGCACAACCAGCUUUUUCUUGUAUAGCUUAAGCAUUCAAGAAAAGUAAAUGACCCAACCAUUCACCUAUCUUACUUUAUAUAUUGGAUGUUUAUAAUUCUAAGUUUCAAGUGAUGUAUGUUUUGUAACUUAUUUCAUAGCUUUCAAUGUAUAAUAGGUUAACCAGCUCCCAUUUUAAACUAGCUCCCAUCUAGAGCAUAUUGAAUGUGAGCAUAUCAA